AAAUCUUCACGAAGCAGAUGAAAGUAAUUGGCCAGCAUUAGACUUGUGUCUUCUUAUCAUAAAGUUAAAAAGAAAAGAAAAGAAAACCCUUCUUCUCAUGUGCUCCUAAUUGUUGAAGAUUAGUGGAGAUUCUGAGCAGUCUUUUAUUUUCAUUCAGCUCUCCUUUCACUCUCACUGAAACAGAAUCAUUUGACUGAAACAAAAUGGAAUAUUUACUAUUUGAUUAUAAACAUAAGAGAUAUGGGAUCACCUCUCAAGAUUUGAAUGUACAGUAAAAUCUUGGAGCCACUAUUGCAGCUUGUUUGAUAUCCACUCCAUCUAUCACCAUCAUUAUACAAAAAGGAAUCUUACCUUAUUAUAAUGUUUUCUUUUUAUUCUUAUUAUUUAUUAUUACUAUUUGUUCUCCACCAUGAAAAGCCUAAAAUCAUGUUGAAGACCAAUAUCCGUUCCUGUCUUGUUCUUGCAACACUUAUAUUUUGGCCCUUAUAACUAUUUUCUUCUACUCAAGGGGGCUGCUUGCAUGCUAGCUUUUUGGGCUUCCUUUGUUUUCUCAGGCAUGAAUUUUUCCGAAGGGCCUGGAUUGCAAUAGCCAAAGCAGACCAGCAGUUGUAAUAUCUUCUUGUUGAGUUGUGCUAAAUUUUGCUUCCAUUUUGGAUUAAUUUUCCCUUUAAGUUGGGAUAUUUUUCUGGUUGAAUCCUAUUAGCUGUAUAUUUUGUGGCCAUAAGAUGCCUCCUACAUACUUCCCUCUUCGUUGGGAGAGCACUGGAGACCAUUGGUGGUAUGCUUCUCCCAUUGAUUGGGCAGCUGCUAAUGGCCACUAUGACUUAGUUCGGGAGCUUCUUCGCAUAGACAGCAAUCACCUUAUCAAGCUCACCUCCCUCAGGCGAAUUCGCCGCCUCGAAACUGUGUGGGAUGACGAAGCACAGUUUGAUGAUGUUGCCAAAUGUCGUUCCAAGGUUGCUAGAAAACUAUUUCUCGAGUGUAAAUCCAAGACUGGAAAGAAUUCUCUCAUUCGAGCUGGUUACGGCGGAUGGCUUAUAUACACUGCUGCCUCGGCUGGAGACUUGGGUUUUGUUCAAGAACUUCUUGAAAGGAACCCACUACUUGUUUUUGGAGAGGGAGAAUACGGUGUUACUGAUAUACUUUAUGCCGCAGGCAGGAGCAAAAACUGUGACGUUUUCAGGCUAGUCUACGAUUUUGUGGUAUCUCCGCGGUUUUUGACAGCAAGAACUGGAGAGUUGGAGGAGAAUAUUGGGGAUAUUCCUUCUGCAUACAGGUGGGAGAUGAAGAAUAGAGCUGUUCAUGCUGCAGCUAGAGGAGGAAAUUUGAAGAUCUUGAAGGAGCUUCUUGAAGAUUGCACUGAUGUUCUGGCUCUUAGAGAUAAGCAGGGCUCAACUAUCUUACAUGCAGCUGCUGGUAGAGGCCAGGUUGAGAUAGUGAAAGAUCUUAUAGCAUCAUUUGAUAUCAUCAACUCCACAGACCAUCAAGGCAAUACAGCCUUGCAUGUUUCAGCCUACAGAGGCCAACUAGAUGUGGUUGAAGCACUGAUUUCUGUAUCGCCAUCACUGAUCUCCUUAAGAAACAUUGCUGGAGAAACUUUUCUCCACACAGCAGUGUCUGGUUUCCAAACUCCUGUUUUUCGUAGAUUAGACCGACAGGUUAAGCUCAUGAAGAAGUUGGCUUGUGGGACUAAUUUCAACAUUGAAGACAUCAUCAAUGCCAAAAGCAAUGAUGGAAGAACAGCUCUUCACAUGGCCAUAAUUGGGAAUGUUCAUUCUGAAUUGGUGCAACUCUUGAUGUCAGCUCCAUCAAUCAACAUAAACAUGCGGGAUAAUGAUGGAAUGACUCCGCUUGAUCUCCUCAAGCAACGGCCACAGUCUGCAUCAUCAGAUAUACUGAUGAGACAUUUGAUUUCAGCUGGGGGAAUAUUUGGAAGGCAGGAUUAUACUACAAGAAUAGCCAUUGCCACCCACUUAAGGAUGCUGGGGAAUGGAAAUAGCCCUGGAACUUCAUUUAGAAUCUCUGAUACAGAAAUAUUCUUAUACACAGGCAUAGAUAUUGAUUGCAAUGUUGCUGAUGAAGAUAGAGGAAGAAUGAGUCCAUCUUCAACAGCAAUGAAUCACUUUGAUUCAUCCAAUGAGAACCAAAGGUCUUCGGUUGAUAAAAAACCAAGUUCUGUAAACAUUGCAGCACAAAGACUGAAAAAUGUCUUCCACUGGCCUAAACCGAAAGAGAGAAAGAAAUCAGCAGAUGAAGGCUUACUGGAGACAUACAAGAAAUGUAACACAUCAGAUGAAACUCCAACUCCUCUGCGACAGAGAUUUUCAAAGCCUUUAUCAGCUUCUAACAACAAAAGGACACUAUCAGUGAGGAGUAACCAAUCCAGCCCAACUGCCAAGAAGAAGUUUGCCUCAGGAAUAUUGUAUGGAGUUGUGCAGGCCCUGCCACAAGUAACUGUCCCACGUCGCUCCCGUUCAAGUUCCUUUUCAAAAUCAUCCAUUUCUUCUCCCAAUUCAAUGGACAAACAAAAGGGUGUUUUCAUUGAUAAUGAAGUUGCUGGACCAUCUGGCUCCAAUCAACUGUUUGAUGAAGAAACAUCAAACACAAUUCGGAAACAGGACUCCAAGAGGUUGAAGAGCUUCUGCUUUGGGGGAUCAGGUCUGACUGUGAAAACGCCAGGGAGCCGGCCACGACAAAACCAGAACAUCAGUCCUUCCAUUGUCUCAGUGGCUUAAAAUUACUAACAUAGAAGAGCCUGAGCGAAUUCUUGCAUUAUAUGCAAAAUUUUAUGUACUUGUUAGUUCAUUGUCUGUCCAAGUUAAGUUUCAUGUAGUAGUUGAAACAUGCUUGGUAGUUCCAAUUUCAUGUUGUAUCUGCUAACUUCUGGUUAGUUUCUGAGAGGAGAACUAGAGAAGCAAGUGAACAAGGUGUUAGUAUUGCAUUUUGAAUUGACUCCUCUUGUAAAUAAAACAAAACCUUUAUUUUCGAUCA